AUUGUCAAAAAAAAAAAAGAUUAGAUUUUUUUUCCUCUCUCUCUCUCUCAUUUUCACAUUCACUGUUACUUCUUCAUAGAACUUCUCACUCUCUCUCACACACAACUGUACUCUCUCUGGAGAUUUGAAGAAAACCCUAAUUCCCAAUUUUCUUUUGUCGUUUUCCUUCUCCGACGAUUGAGAGUUUUCCUAGAUCUAAAGAAAAAAGUUUCAAUCUUCACUAUGCAAUACUGAGAAGAAAUUCCACAAGGAAAAAAAAUGUCAAGCUCCGACCCGAAACCCGGACCUAAACCGGGUCCAUGGCCACCAACUCCAGAAUCCGCCGCAAUGCCACCGUCUUCCUGGGCUAAAAAAACCGGAUUUCGUCCCAAAUUCUCCGGUGAAACUACCGCCACUGAUUCUUCUUCCGGUCAGCUCUCAUUACCGGUUAGAGCUAAACAACAAGAAACCCAACCGGAUCUUGAAGCUGGUCAAACCAGACUCCGUCCUCCUCCUCCUGUCUCCGCCGCAGUAACUAACGGUGAGACUGACAAGGAUAAGAAAGAGAAGCCACCACCACCACCUCCUGGUUCUGUUGCUGUUCCGGUUAAGGAUCAACCGGUUAAGAGAAGGAGAGAUUCUGAUGGGGUUGUUGGAAGAUCAAAUGGACCCGAUGGAGCUAAUGGGUCAGGUGACCCGGUUAGAAGACCGGGUCGUAUUGAAGAAACAGUUGAGGUUUUGCCUCAGAGUAUGGAUGAUGAUUUAGUGGCUAGGAAUUUGCAUAUGAAGUAUGGUCUUAGAGAUACUCCUGGACUUGUUCCAAUUGGGUUCUAUGGUUUGCAGCAUUACCUUUCAAUGUUGGGAUCAUUGAUUCUGGUUCCACUUGUUAUUGUUCCUGCAAUGGGAGGUUCACAUGAGGAGGUUGCAAAUGUUGUAUCGACUGUACUUUUUGUCUCUGGAAUCACUACACUGUUGCAUACUUCGUUUGGGUCGAGGCUUCCUUUGAUUCAAGGUCCUUCCUUUGUCUUUCUGGCUCCGGCUUUGGCUAUAAUAAACUCUCCAGAGUUUCAAGGUUUGAAUGGAAAUAAUAACUUCAAGCAUAUCAUGAGGGAGCUGCAAGGUGCAAUCAUAAUUGGUUCAGCUUUUCAAGCAGUGCUUGGAUACAGUGGCCUAAUGUCACUGAUUUUGAGGUUGGUCAAUCCAGUAGUUGUUGCUCCGACGGUAGCUGCAGUUGGACUUUCCUUUUACAGCUAUGGUUUCCCGCUUGUUGGUAAAUGUCUUGAGAUCGGUGUUGUGCAGAUACUACUUGUGAUCAUCUUUGCUCUUUACCUCCGGAAAAUCUCAGUUUUAAGCCAUCGUAUUUUCCUUAUUUAUGCGGUUCCAUUGAGUCUUGCAAUCACUUGGGCUGCUGCAUUCCUUUUAACUGAAACAGGAGCUUACACCUACAAAGGUUGUGACCCAAACGUUCCUGUCUCAAAUGUUGUAUCGACCCACUGCAGAAAAUACAUGACCAGAAUGAAGUACUGUCGGGUUGAUACUUCUCAUGCGCUGAGUUCCGCCCCAUGGUUUAGGUUUCCUUACCCCUUGCAAUGGGGUGUACCGUUAUUCAACUGGAAAAUGGCUUUUGUUAUGUGUGUGGUCUCCGUAAUUGCUUCAGUAGAUUCGGUUGGUUCGUACCAUGCUUCUUCUCUAUUAGUAGCAUCGAGGCCUCCAACUCGUGGUGUUGUGAGUCGGGCAAUCGGUCUUGAAGGUUUCACAAGUGUCUUAGCCGGUCUUUGGGGUACAGGUACUGGUUCAACCACUCUAACCGAAAACGUUCACACAAUCGCUGUGACCAAAAUGGGAAGCCGCAGAGUUGUUGAGUUAGGCGCGUGUGUUUUGGUUAUAUUUUCUCUUGUUGGUAAGGUUGGAGGGUUUCUCGCAUCAAUUCCGCAAGUCAUGGUUGCUUCUCUUCUGUGCUUCAUGUGGGCAAUGUUUACGGCUUUAGGUCUUUCCAACUUACGUUAUAGUGAAGCUGGAAGCUCGCGGAAUAUCAUAAUUGUUGGGUUGUCGCUGUUCUUUUCUCUCUCUGUCCCAGCUUACUUCCAGCAGUAUGGCAUAUCUCCAAACUCGAAUCUCUCUGUUCCAAGUUAUUACCAACCUUACAUUGUUUCUUCACAUGGACCCUUCAAAAGCCAAUACAAAGGGGUACGUUACGCUUUGCGCUCACUUUCAUUUUCACAGGACCUUCAGUUUUCAUAUCUUCUAGUGUAUUUGCAGAUGAACUACGUGAUGAACACGCUCUUGUCAAUGAGCAUGGUGAUUGCGUUCAUCAUGGCUGUGAUUUUGGACAACACGGUCCCGGGGAGCAAGCAAGAACGCGGAGUUUAUGUUUGGUCUGACAGUGAGACUGCAACAAGAGAACCAGCACUUGCUAAAGACUAUGAACUGCCGUUUCGGGUGGGGAGGUUUUUCAGAUGGGUCAAAUGGGUGGGCAUUUGAUAAAACAACAACACAAUGGCAAAAAGUGGUAAAUAUGUCAGAUGAGAGAUCCCUCUUUUUCUUUUCUUUUUCCCGUCGUCUCUGUUAUUUUGAUUAGUAGUCUCUCAAUUUUAUAACACGGUGGAAGCUUUUUCUUGGGUCACAAGUUUGUCAAUUGGAGAGUUUUUGGUUAUUGAAACAGAGAAUAUGGAAGUCAUGUUGUUGUAAGUUAUAUAGAUUAUGAUCAAAUGCUUUUGUAACUAGAGUUAUUCUUUUUUCUCACUAUCUAUCUUAUUCCUUGUUUGUUAAAUCUAUUGCGAAUUUAAAAGAUUUU